UUCCUCCCCCGGACACUAAUAGCGGUGGGACCGGCCGGUGACUGCUGCAGAACAAGCACUUGCCCUUAAACUUGUCUGCAGUGGAAACUGACCUCACCUCGCAUUAAAACACUCAUUUGAGAAGGAAACAUUACAGCAGCUGACACCAUGUCGCUCGCGGCGGAGGCCUUCGUGUCGCAGAUGGCAGCUGCCGAGCCUUGGCCUGAAAACGCAUCCUUGUACCAACCGCUGAAGGAGGAUCAGAUCCUGCUGUCAGACUGCGCCACAUCUCUCGCUGUUCAGGCCUACCUCAGGAUGUGUGGUUUACCAGUGCAGGUGGUUUGCCGAGCAAACGCAGAAUACAUGUCACCUUCUGGUAAGAUUCCCUUCAUUCACGUAGGGAACCAGGUGGUGUCUGAACUCGGGCCAAUAGUCCAGUUCACCAAAGCAAAGGGUCAUUCUCUGAGCGACGGGUUGGACGAUGUGCAGAGAGCUGAAAUGAAAGCCUACAUGGAGCUGGUCAACAACAUGCUGCUUACUGCUGAGCUUUACAUCCAGUGGUGUGAUGAGGCGACAGCAGCAGAGAUUUCCCGCCCCAGGUACAGCAGCCCGUACCCGUGGCCCCUGAGCAACAUCCUGGCCUAUCAGAAGCAGUGGGAGGUUCGCAGGAAGAUGAACGCCGUCGGCUGGGGAGGGAAGAACCUAGAGCAGGUUUAUGAGGAUGUGAGUCAGUGCUGCCAGGCUCUCUCCCAGCGGCUGGGAACACAACCGUUCUUCUUUAACAAACAGCCCACGGAGCUGGACGCGCUGGUGUUCGGUCACCUCUUCACCAUCCUGACGACCAGGCUGACCAGCUCCGAGCUGGCGGAGCGGAUCAAGAGCUACAGCAACCUGCUGUCGUUCUGCCGACGCAUCGAACAGACCUACUUCGAAGACAAGAGCUCCUGAACAUCACCAAACCUCACCGGCAUCAUUUCGUCUUGUACAUUCUCGUCUCUCAUUCCCUCUCCGUAGCAGCGAGAAACAAAAAAAACACACUCGUCCCAUUUUGCUUCCUGCUUAUACAUUGUUGUUGCACAUCUGGUCGGAGUCCGUUAAAAGGUAUUUGGAUGUUUCAACUGCACAUAACUACAUAACUCCUGCAUCAAACUACCCUUCAAUCACAGUAAAGAUUCUAUGGGGUAUGAUAAAUGUGUUUACAUUUAUCUUUGAUCUAAAAAAUAUAUUUUUUUCCAAUUUAUUUAGUCUGAUCUGCAUAUCUGUUUUUAACUUUUAGCCUUCACUAGACAACAAAGUAUUUAAAUCUUCAGCGUUGCAGGAAAUAAAUGAAAAAUAU